AUGGAGAGUAAGGGUGCGGUCUCGGAGCGCACGCCCCUCCUGGGGGGAGCAAGCAUCGUCUCCGUCACUGCUCCUGACAUCAUCAACCGAGCUGCCGAGUCGCCUGCUCCGGGGAUCAGCCUCCGCGAGUCUGUGGAGCGAGGCAAAGCGUCGGGGCUGGUCAACGACGGGUACAGGGAGGAGGAGGAGCCCGUGUGCUGCGGGCAGGAGCAGCUCGCGUACUCGAUCCUGGCGAGGCUGCCGGCGAUCCACACGUACGCGUUCCUGGCCUUCUUCCUCUACUUUGGGCACACGAGCAGGAGAAGAGGCAGGAGGCAGGCGGUGGAGGGAGCGCUGAGACGUGCUUGGCAGGCGAAGUUCUGGGACCCGACGGUGAUACCAGAGGACUGGCACAUGUACUUCCGCUGCUCGAUGGCGGACCAGGGGAAGGUGGAAGUGACUCGGCUGAUGAUCCUGGUGGGGACUGAGGCGGUAGAAGGAAAGAACUACGUGGACACGGUGAAGGAGUGCUACGACCAGUCCGUGCG